AAUCUCCUCGUCUCCCACUCGGCCACAUGCCCCACAUCCCACCGAAAUCUGGAAAAAUCUCCACGCUCCCAACCCCGCUUCGCCUUCGCCCCGGUGGCCGCAGCCGCGCGGCGCCACUGCCCCCCAACCAGCCAAACUCCCCCACCUCACGGCACUGCACCCGCAAAAAUCUCAGCUCCCACCCGCCGCGCCGCGCCGCGCCGCGCUGCUCCCCCAACCAAAUCCCUUCUCCAUGGCAUCCGCCGUUUCGCUCCUCCUCCUCUCGUCCCCGCGCCCGCUCCGCCGCGCGGCGCCGGUGCCAGCGCUACGCUCCCAGGCGCGCCACCCCUUGCUCCUCGGCCACGCGGGCGAGACCGCGCUCGGGGUAUGGGCCACGCGCGCCCGCCUGCCCGCGCCGCCGCCGCGCGCCUCCAACCCGAACAACGACAACGACAACAGCGGCGCCGUGGAGGCGCCCGACCGCCUGGUGGCCGCCGUCGCCUACCUCUACCCGUUCCUCGACGGCGUGCACCACGGCCGCUUCCUCCUCGCGCAGUUCCCGCUCUUCAGCACCCUGCUCAGCCCGCUCGCGCCGGCCGCGCGCCUCUUCCGCUCCUCCCCGCUCACGCCCUUCCUCCUCUUCCUCACCCUCUACUUCGCCGUCGUGCGCAACCAGCAGGCCUUCUCCCGCUUCGUCCGCUUCAACGCCAUGCAGGCCGUCGCGCUCGACGUGCUGCUCAUCUUCCCCGACCUCCUCGUGCAGUCCUUCGCGCCCUCCACCGGUGGCGGGAUCGGCUUCGAGCUCUUCCAGAGUAUGGAGAGCACCGUGUUCCUCUUCCUGCUCGUCUGCCUAGUCUACGGCGGGGGCGCGUGCCUGCUAGGGAAGACGCCGCGGCUGCCAAUCGUCGCAGAUGCAGCCGAGCGCCAGGUGAUGUGAUGAGCUUUUGUCAAAUCUUGCUGGUGAAAAGGAACAAAGGAAAAUGAUAUACACAUCCAUCUCGAUGCCUCAUUGAUGUUAGUAGAUCGCAAAUUCACAAGUUCAGUUUAGUACAGUGAUUAUUUACAGCUGUAGUAACCAAUUUAAUGAAUGGAGUUACGGAAGGUUGGUACAAUGGCAUUACAAAAUUUACAAUCAAGUGUAUGAACGAAUGAGUUGAAUUGGGAAUU